CGCUCAUCCCGUGUGUCCUCGUGAAGAGAUUUCAGCGCACGCAGCAGCAGCAACAGGGACUCGUCCCCACGGUCAGCCGCGGAUGGCAACAUGGCGACAGAGUUCCACAACCUGCAGGAGUUGAGGCACAGUGCGUCUCUGGCCAACAAAGUCUUCAUCCAGAGAGACUACAGCGAAGGAACCACCUGCAAGUUUCAGACCAAGUUCCCCUCGGAGCUGGAGAGCAGGAUUGAGCGGACGCUGUUCGAGGACACUGUGAAGACUCUGAAUAACUACUAUGCAGAGGCAGAAAAGAUAGGAGGACAGUCGUACCUUGAGGGAUGUCUGGCCUGCGCUACAGCAUAUCUCAUCUUCCUCUGCAUGGAGACGCGUUAUGAGAAGGUGUUGAAGAAGAUAGGCAAGUACAUUCAGGAGCAGAAUGAGAAGAUCUAUGCUCCCAGAGGCCUGCUCAUCACAGACCCCAUUGAACGGGGGAUGCGCGUCAUAGAGAUUUCCAUCUAUGAAGAUCGGGGUUCCAGUGGCUCCAGCUCAGGGAGCAGCUCUGUGUCUGGCAGCACUGCUCGAUGACCGGGUUCUUCCUAAAGACCACGUCCCACCAGAUCAAUCACAUCCCAGCUGGAGAACUUGGAGGGCAAAUGAUAUCACUCCUGUCCCAACACAUGGCACAUACAAUCCUUCAACAUAUGCUCACACAGAAUUCACUGGCCUAUUUUUGCUCAUGACCGGUCAUGUGCUUCAGUCGUACGAGCUUUUGUCACAGUGAACGUUUAGAACACGCACUUACAUUGUUUGCAUGCACAUUGAAUCAGACGUGUGGAUGCAGUGUCGUUAUGUGUGGAACAACAUUUUUUUUGUGAAUAUUUGUGUGAUCGUAUGUUUCCUUCCUUCCUUCCUUCCUUGUUUCCUUCCUGUUACGUGUGAUGGGGGGGAUAGGAAGAAUGAAAGGACGUGAGAAGGAAAUGGAGGAUGUGUUAAGUGUUGAGAAAGGAGUGCAGACCUCAACCAACCUCACACCACAUUACAGCUGCAACGCAAGGUCCAGAUCAACCUCAGCCGCAUCCUGCCCACACUGGACCAACCAGGAGACCAUCACACACAUCGACAGUGACUGUGCACACUGGACAGUGGCUUGUGGAAAUGUUAUUUGUAGCUCUAUUGGAGUUUUCAGGCUGUAGCAAAUGUGGAAAAGGGUGUACUAGUAUUUGAGCAGAGCAUCACCAAGGCGCAGUGUUUAAAAUUUCACUUUUGUUCGUGACGUUGUAGCUGAAUAUUCCUCAACUCGUGGUUCCCUUCCAAGUGUGCUGAAGGCCUCUAUGGCCUUCAGUUACCAUAGAAACGUUAAAGAUGUUUAGAUUGUAAAAACAUGGGGGUCCAAAAUGGCGCCGCAUCUGAUCAUGAAAAACAAAACACUCAAUCAGGUCAGGCGAGUGUGCACUUAUUUAAAAUGAAAUAUUGUACCUUAAAUCUUUGCCAAAUGAAAAUAAUUUUACACACUGGGCCUUUAACUGUACAAAGAAGCUCUUCCUCCAUCGCCUCUGCUGUAAAUGAUGCUUUGUGGUAGCGAAUGAAAAAUCAUCAUGUUGUGGCAGAUCUUCCAUUGCAUCUCUCCCAUGAAGGUAAUUCGACACAAACGCAGAUAAAUGCACAUUUCCAUUGCUUUCCAUGAGCGAGACCAACUCUUCCUCAAUAUUUAUUAUGCAAAGACAUGCGUAAGCAGACUAAGGAUGUGUUAAACAUAAUGUCUUCCUAAAAUCUUACCUGUGUAGUAGUUUUAAAAUACACAAAACCCUUCCAAAGAACAAUAACUGCCAAAAAAAGAAAUGUGUCUCUUAUUUUGGUGACUUUGUGUGCAAGAACAAACUUUCGUACCGCUUGUCGUUUAAUAUGUAGCAUUGAGGUUGAACUGUAUGUGACUGGUGUCAAAAUAAAUACUGUUUCAUCACA